GAUCGGCUUGUUUUCAGCUCUGAAUGUGGAUCAACCUCCAACUACAGCCCAUUCAGAACUGCAACAUCUGUCCAUGUGUCUUUGAGUGCAACAUUAACUUUCACAUCAUAUCUAUGAAGUACUAGUACCAUCACAAACCGAUUAGGACAGUAUUCCACACAUCUCAGUAUUGAAUAACGUGAUCUGGCUUUCAGAUUGUGUGAAACAGCUGCUGAAGCAUCACUAAUUUAAACCCUUUAGGGCAAAAAGUGGAGAAAUGUCUUUUGAUUCAUAGAUCCCUCUGUGAAAAUAGCACUAAUAUGUAAUUCUCUUUAUGUACAUUCAAACAUCAGAUCUCUGGCCUCUUUUUUUUUUUUCUCCAGUUGCUUGACUUGAAGGAUUUGGAGAACUUGUCAGCGUCCCACCAAAAAAAAAAAGAACAAUCAAUUCCUCUAGAUGGCACCAAUGCAACAUGAAAAUACCUUUAAAGACUUAAAAGCAAAAAAAGAAGUUGAAAACAUAUUUGAUCAAAUGUUCAGUUUAGUUUAUUUCAGAAGCAACAGUUGUCAUCUCAGAAUGUUACACCAAAUAGUCAAUUGUAUCAAGUCAAUUCAGCUUUUUACAACCACUUAUUUACACCAUAACAUGUGUGUUUGCAUGUAGACUACAGAAAGAAAAGGAAGGAGGCAGUGAUAGUGACUCCCACACCUCAGUCUGAGAGCGUCUUUAUUUUUAACGGCUGCUCUCACUAUGAGGCCCUCUUCCUGCUUCAACAGAACAAACAGAGGAAAGCGCAGACGACUUCACAACUCCAAAGCAUGAGGACUCACCUGCUUUACUUUCUUUUGGUUCAGCUUUCUAAAGCCCACACUGAGUUGGUGUUACAGCGUCUGAUGGAGGGGGAGUCUGUGGGGCUCUCCUGCAUCCCUCAGAGGGAUCAUGGCUCUCUGGUGGGCCUCCACCUGUACCACCGUGGCGUCCAGAGCCAAACCACCCUGCUGUCUGUCGCUGAGGGUGGACGGGUCAAGGUGGACCCGGAGCUGAGGGCGCGUCUGAAGCUCCAGGGAAACCUUAACUCCUUGCAGAUCAACGUGAGCAUCUCCCACCUACGACCGAGCGACACUGGAGUUUAUGUGUGGGAGCUGACUUAUGGAGACAACAGCUCUGACUGGAGAGUCCACAGUGUGAGGACAUUGCUGCUGCUGGUUGAAGGGGCAGCAGAAAAGGCGUGUCAGAGCUCCAACACGCUGCUCUUGACCAUGGCUGCAGCUGCUGGUCUGUUUCUGCUCACACUCGCCUGGAUUGCUGCAGAAACAUGGGUGAAGAAGCAUCGUCAUCCUCACCCCAAACCUCAUUCUUCCAUCUAUGAGGAAAUGAGCAGGAAGCAGCGGCGCUCAGGAACCCCCCCAUGUAACCCGGACGCCCACCCGCAGCUGGAGGAAGCCAGCGCCCCCGUGUACGCCAACACCGACAUCCGACAAGCGCCGGACAACUACUACGCCUGUCCCCGCCUGCCCGCCCUCAGGCGCUGACGUGGCGCCGGACAAACAACCACGGAGACGACUUUACAGCAAAGAAAAAAACAAACAAAAAAAGCUAUUUUAUUAAUAUUGAAAGAAGCUCCAUAGUUCAUGAAAACAUUUGUUUCGGUGCAUGUCAAAUAACAAUCACAUUCUAUGAGGAGAAAGAGAGAUAGAUAGAUAUAUAUAUAUAGAGAGAGAGAGA